AUUAUGUCAGCUAAAUUCUGCGUGGGCCGGGUGUUUUUAGAAAGGGAUGGAUUCACCGUUUUGAAAUGCAUACUUUUUCCGCGUGUGCCGAUUUCACAUGCUUUGUAUCAGGAGGGGCUGUAUCGUGGCGGACGCUGCAGGGAGGGCGUGGGCAUGGAACCAUGUAAACAUCGCACUUUACAGGCAACUAAGAAGAAGGGGAAUAAGACCCUAUCCCUGACUAACUUCAUGGCAGAGGACAAGGGGGGUAAUGCACCCCCAAGUUACCCCACCAAGCCCACUAGCAGCUGGGCCGACGAGACAGAUGACCUAGACACAGAGGUAUCCACCUCCUGGCAUACAGAGGAGGAUAUUUCCCGGGCCCCAGCCGUCGACCGCUCCAUCCUGCCCACAGCACCCCGUUCAGCCCGGGAGCCAAACAUUGACCGCUCUUGUAUUCCUCGCGGUCCCCCUUACACCGCCUUCCUGGGCAACUUGCCCUACGACGUGACUGAGGACUCCAUCAUGGACUUCUUCAGGGGCGUGGGGAUCAGUGCAGUACAUCUUCCUAGAGAACCCAGUAACCAAGACCGCUCGAAGGGUUUUGGCUAUGCUGAGUUUGAUGAUGUGGAAUCUCUCCUGAGUGCCUUGAGUCUAAAUAAAGAGAACUUCAGAAACAGAAGGAUCCUUGUGGACAUUGCAGAUUGUUUUGACUGUCGCGCCAGUGGUGGUGGUGGUGGUGGUGGGGGUCGCAGGGGUAGUGGGGAUCGCUAUGGUGACCAAUACGAGAGAUGGGAGGAAUGCCGUUGUGACCGAGGUGCUGUGGAGAGGCCCAAGUUGAUACUGAAACCCCGUAGCCUAUCUAAAGAGGUGGAGCAGAGCAGCGCCCCGUCUGCCCCCUCGGACAGGGCUGCCUCCAUCUUCGGUGGGGCCAAGCCAGUGGACACGGCUGCCAAGGAGAGAGAGGUGGAGGAGAGGCUGAAGAGGGAACAGGAAAAACUGCAGCGAGAGCUAGAAGACAGAAUCACAGACCACAAUCCCAGAGAGAGGCACCCCAGCUGGCGCAGUGAGGACCAACGUGCAGGACACUUUCAGACUGGCAGUGAGUCUUCCCAAACCAGGCAGCCGUGGCCAAUCCUGCAGAGCCUCCAAGCGCAGGAAGAGCGAGCCCUCCUCCCCUGUGGCCGAGCCCUGCCAGACAAGACAGUCCGCCUCGCUCCACCUCCCAAGGAGAACGCCUGGGCCAAGAGGACCACGCCCGUUGGGGGCUCCAGUGAGGGCGAGGCCCGGCCACCGUCUCCCCCGCAAUGACACACCCCUACAGCUCACCAGCUUAGCUGAGGAUGAAGUGCCUCAGGCAGAUAAAGAAGAGGUCGAUCGCAGCGAAUAGAUACAAUAUGCAACCUUGACAUAAUGGACGCAGAUCCACAUGACGAUAUGGAGGACAAUACAUAGGGAGGGUGGAUGAAAGAAGUGAAGAAGAUGGAAGAUGCAAAGAAUGAGGUCUGCCCAGCAACCUGGCUGGAGCAGCUCUACAGCUCCCUUCCUGCUAACCUGCUUAACCUUUUGCAACUAGGGGGCAGUAUUUUAAUUAUUGGAUAAAAAAACGU